CUCUCCAUCAGCGCGCGUGCAGCAUGCAGCUGUAGCGUCUCGUGUCAAAGACUGAAGUGAGAGACUAAUAACUAACGGGAGAGGUUGGAACUAAUCAGCAUGUCACUUGUACAGCUAUUUACUCAAAGAGUCGCUAUCUUUAUCCAUCUAGUUUUCUAGACACUUGGAGAAUGCGUUAAGAUCGGGACAACAUCACGGAUUCUUGUAUCAGCAACUGCCUGUACUCAAUAGAUUAGCAUAUUUAUUUAUCUACUCAACGCAAGAGGAUCGAUAGUUUCUCAAGACAGAUAUGAGCACCAACGACGCGAAGGAAUAUCUCUCCAGAAGAGAGAUACCACUAUUGUUUGAGAGUCUGUUGACUGGUCUGGUGUACUACAGACCGGAUGACCCAAUAGACUAUCUAGAGAUCUGUCUUAAAAAGGUGAGGGAGCUCGGCGGAACUGACAAAGUUCGGUGGGACACAUUCGUUGGACAGGAGAAGAAGUCUUUACCACCUCUCAAUGGUGGGCAGUCACGACGUUCUUUUUUCCGAAAUGUUCUCCCAGACAGCCCCAACUUCCCCUAUCGGAGGUACGACCGCCUCCCACCCAUCAACCAGUUCUCCAUAGAGAGUGACUCAGACCUUUCUGAGACAGCGGAGCUCAUAGAGGAGUAUGAAGUGUUUGACCCCUCUAGACCCAGACCCAAAGUCAUCCUCAUCAUAGGUGGCCCAGGCAGUGGUAAAGGGACGCAAUGUCUUAAGAUCGCCAAGCGCUAUGGCUUUGAAUAUGUGUCAAUGGGUGAGCUACUCAGGAAGAAGAUGAUCCAUAAUGCCACCAGCAACAGGAAGUGGAGUCUGAUUGCCAGGAUCAUCACCAAUGGGGAACUGGCACCACAGGAAACAACCAUAACCGAGAUUAAGCAGAAGAUCAUGAAGAUUCCAGAUGCCAGUGGAAUAGUUAUAGACGGCUUCCCUCGAGAUGUGGCACAGGCUCUCUCUUUUGAGGACCAGAUCUGUACACCAGACCUGGUGGUGUUUUUGGCCUGCUCGAAUCAGCGUCUGAAGGAGCGGCUGGAGAAGCGUGCAGAGCAGCAGGGUCGCCCAGAUGACAACCCUAAAGCCAUCGAUCGACGCUUGACUAAUUUCAAACAGAAUACCAUCCCCCUGGUCAAAUUCUUCCAGGAGAAAGGCCUCAUCAUCACACUUGAUGCUGAUCGAGAAGAAGAAGAAGUUUUCUGUGACAUCAGUAUGACAGUUGACAACAAACUAUACCCGACCAAAGAACCUGUUGCAGGACCCAGUGAGCUCAACCUCAGUCUUCUCGCAGACCGCAAUAGUCUGGCAGAUAUACCCACCAAAUUUGAUGAACAGUCUGAUGAAGAGGUGCCUGGAUAUGCAGAGGCUAUUGCAGAAAGUUUUCCAGUGGAAAGCAAGAAACCAAAGGUCAUCUUUGUGAUCGGUGGUCCGGGAUCAGGAAAGGCUUUGCAGUCAGAGAAGAUCGAGGAGCGAUACAGUUUGAAACGCCUUUGUCCUGGAGAUAUCCUGUGCAGAGAGCUGCAGUCGCACAGCGAAAGGGGACGGUUCCUCCGAGACCUCUUGGAAAGAGGAGAUCAGCUUCCUGAGAACACACUGCUGGAUCUGUUGUGUGAGUCCAUGGCAUCUACUGUACGUCAGGGGAAGGGCUUUCUGGUCACUGGCUUCCCGAAAAAUGUAAAACAGGCUCAAGAAUAUGAAGACAAGAUAGGGCAGCCUGAUAUAGUGCUGUUACUGGAAUGUUCUGCAGACAUCAUGAGCAGACGUCUGCAGCAGAGGGCCAGCUGCAGUCUGCACACUAAAGAAGCUCGAGACAGAGACACUCGCCGUAGAGUGGAUGGAUUCUGCAGUCUGGUCAAUCCAGUGGUCAGUCACUAUAAACACAGAGAAAUCCUACACAAGAUUGAUGCUGAGCAGCUACCGGAAGAUGUCUUUGAGCAGAUCUGUCUGGUCUUGGACUCCUGCUAGAGAUUUUGGAAUCGCACUGCCCCCUGGAGGACUCAACCACCACCUACAGAUCUAAUGCAGACUGACUUGCAUUAACCAUUUACACUACUGUUCAUCACACACUCACAUAACAGCUUCUGUCAAGUCCACUUGAAAAACCACCAACCAGCUACAGGCGCCCGGUGACCUUUCAUUUCACGCCAACCUCCUUCACUGUAUAUACCAGCGUAUUAAAUCUACCCAUGGCACACCAAUUGUGUUUCUCUUUUGGUAUUGAACAUUUAUGCUAAAUGCUAUUAAGUGGUUCAGCUCUGCUCUGUACAUGUUGUGUACAUUCACAAUAUGUUUAUUACUAAAUGUACUAAACAUGUUUAGUAUUUACUGCAGUCUGAUAGAAAGUUAUACUGUCACUUAACCAGUAUUUUAACCUUGAGCGCUGGAAUGAGCGAAACAGAUCGGGAUGAAAGAACCAGCAACUGGAGAGCAUUUUUAUAAAUAAUUUAUGUAAUUUCAUGCUUUAUAUUGUGCCAAGCAUGCCACAAUAGUAAUUUAUUGCCAUUGUAUACUUAAUUAAAUGCAGGAAUGCAGUGGUGGACAGUAACGAAGUAAAUGUAAUUCGUUACUGUACUUAAGUAGCUUUUUUGCGUAUCUGUACUUUACUGAAGUAUUUAAAUUUGGGGAGACUUUUACUUUAACUCCACUACAUUUCAAAGUCAAAUAUCUUACUUUUUACUCUACUACAUUUUCAAAAUCAGUCGUUCCUUUUUAUUUAUGAGUGGAUAAAAACGUAACUGUUCAAACGAGCCACCAAUCACAAUACAGCGCGCGCGCUUUGAUUUGAACUUGUCUUGGCGGCAUCUACUAAGAGCGAACUAGGGGUGCGUUUCCCAAAAGCGUAGUUAUCAUCAUAGUUCAACGAGUCGGUGUUUCCCGAAACCAUCGUUCCAACGAACAUUCGCAAACAGCAUCGCAGAAUUGUGUGGUUGGAACGAUCGACAGCUCUCAACCUGUGGUUAGAAGCAGAGUUUAUUGUUAUUAUAACAUGUGGGCUUAAAUUAUUAUCUUGAGCCAAAUAAGCAAGAUGACAUUCAGUACAAUCAGUAUCUUUUAUUUAGAAGACAUACAAAUGUCCUUUAUGUCUUUUAGUUUGUCAAUAGAUUUAAAGCACCGUUUUUGAAGAGUGCGCAUGUGUGAACGUGCUCUAGUGCGUAAGAACGAGCCUAUGAUUGAAUCUGGAAAUAAAGCAAAUAACUGAGAAAAAUAUGAGAUAGUCUUCAGACGACAUGUCCGUAAUUUAUAGCAAAACAUCUAGCAUUAAUUCGAUCACAAACAGAUUCAUUAAAAGUAGUUUUUACUCCACCACAUGUGUGACAUCAUUAACCAACGUGGUUGAACAACCAAUUUGCGACAAUACGGUUUCGGGAAACAGUCGUGACUAGCAAGUUGAUUUCACAACAGUGCAUCGUACUACGGUAGUGGAGCAGCAAGUUACGUCGUUGUAUGGGAAACGAACCCCAGAGCCGUUAAACAUGAGAGUUGCGAACAUAGACGGUUGCGACAGUGAUCUCGCCGCCGCGCGGUCACGUGAUUCGUGUAGCUCUCAAUAGUUCCAAACAAAUUGCGUUGCCAACGAUUUUAAGCGGGGCAGAGAGCAGCAGCUAUUAUUGCAGCAAUUAUCGGUAAAUAUUGACGCAUAAUGUACAUUGCUUAUUAUGUUGACACUGAAAUGACUUGCAUAUAAUAGCAUUUUUUUUCUGGGGAGUAGCAGAAACACUGCAUUAAUACGUUUUUGUGUUUAAUUUUGG